AGCACAGGUGAGGGCAGGCAGAGCACAAGUGGCUCAAGCUCUCAGUUGCUGCAGAGCUGACAGCACCUACGUCCUUCAGCUUGCUUUCCCCUACCCACCCCUAAGACCCCACCCAGUCUUUUUGACUUGGAAGUCCUGGCCCCAGCUUUGGAACAGCUCAGGCAACAUAUACUAGUUGGUUCCCCUGCUUAGAUCCUCUGUCUACCAGACUUAUCCCCAUCAUGAGGAGGCUACUUCCUUCUGACUCCAGAAAGCCUCCUACCCAUUUCCCUGCAUUCCUGUGAAGUCAGCCCCCUCCUCUCUUCCUCUUGUUUACCUCCCAGUUCUGUCCUUUUCUCCCCUUUCUUCUCUGUCCCCCUUUUCCUCAGUAAGAUGGACACUCCCUUCAUCCACUUACCAUGCUUCCCUAGCCCUCUCAUGUACCUUCAAUUAUUUGGAAGAGAAAAUGGGUGAGCAGAAUUCUUUCUCUUGGCUUAGUCUGGCCCAGGUAUGGAAAGGAAGUAAUAGGCAUCUGAAGUGGGAAAUAAGCUGGGCCAGAGGGUGGUCAGGAAGCAGGUGAGUGGUUAGAGGUUGGGAGUCUAAGGAAGGCCUUCCUGUGGGUUCUGAGGAAGUGGGGAGUGGGGAGGAUCCUGGGCUGGGGAAGGACCAGAGGCUGUGUUCACAGGGUGCUGGGUUCCAGAUGCCUCAAUUACUUGAUGCCUGGAUUAUGGCUUCUGCCCCUCAUUGCUCCACCCCCCAUUUAGGUCAAUAUUUAUGUGUCCUAAACCUAGAGAGGCCCCUAGACUCGCCACUGUCCAGGCUCUACUCUCCCUGUCCCGCCUUCCCCGCGCCCGCCCCACUGGCCAGUCCCCACGCCCACACACCCGAGGCUGCCUCAUCUGGCACUGAUUAUCCUGCUGCUGCCGCCGCUGCCGCUGCUAAACUCAGCUGCUGCCUCUGUCUCGAGAACCCCAGCACCUUUCCCCCUCUGGCCAUGCUGCCUGCUGCCACAGCCUGCCUCCUGGGGCCCCUCCUCACUGCAUGGGCCCUGAUGCCUUUUGCCCAUGGCCAGACCCCCAACUACACCAGACCUGUGUUCCUGUGCGGAGGGGUUGUGACUGGGGAGUCAGGUUACGUGGCCAGUGAGGGCUUCCCCAACCUCUACCCCCCCAACAAGGAGUGCAUCUGGACAAUAACGGUCCCUGAGGGCCAGACUGUGUCCCUCUCCUUCCGAGUCUUCGACCUGGAGCUGCACCCCGCCUGCCGUUACGAUGCUCUGGAGGUCUUUGCCGGGUCUGGAACUUCGGGCCAGCGGCUUGGACGCUUCUGCGGGACCUUCCGGCCGGCACCUCUAGUCGCCCCCGGCAACCAGGUGACCCUGAGGAUGACGGCGGACGAGGGCACAGGAGGACGAGGCUUCCUGCUCUGGUACAGCGGGCGGGCCACCUCAGGCACUGAGCACCAAUUUUGCGGGGGGCGGCUGGAGAAGGCCCAGGGAACCCUGACCACGCCCAACUGGCCCGAGUCCGAUUACCCCCCGGGCAUCAGCUGUUCCUGGCACAUCGUCGCGCCGCCGGACCAGGUGAUCGCGCUGACCUUCGGGAAGUUUGACCUGGAACCCGACACCUACUGCCGCUACGACUCGGUCAGCGUGUUCAACGGACCCGAGAGCGACGAUGCAAAGAGGCUGGGGAAGUUCUGCGGUGAUACGGCCCCGGGCCCCAUCUCCUCCGAAGGGAACGAGCUCCUCGUCCAAUUCGUCUCGGAUCUCAGCGUCACCGCCGAUGGCUUCUCAGCCUCCUACAAGAUCCUGCCGCGGGGUGCUGCCGAAGAGGGGCCAGCCCGGAGCCCGGGUGAAGACGCCCGACCUGGUCCCAAAGUCAAGUCGCCCACCAAACCCCGAGUCCCACCUGCAGAGAAAUCAGAGGCCUCACCUGAGGCCGAGGCAACUCCAGUGGGCCCAGAUGCACCCAGUGUCCCCUGCCCAAAGCAGUGCCGGAGGACAGGCACCUUGCAGAGCAACUUCUGUUCCAGCAACCUGGUGGUAACUGCAACAGUAAAGUCCAUGGUUCGGGGCCCAGGCGAAGGCCUCACUGUCACUGUCAGUCUCAUUGGUGCUUACAAAACUGGAGGACUGGACCUGCCUUCUCCACCCACUGACACCUCCCUGAAGUUUUAUGUGCCCUGCAAGCAGUGCCCCCCCAUGAAGAAAGGAUCCAGUUAUCUGCUGAUGGGCCAGGUAGAAGAGAACAGAGGUCCCGUCCUUCCUCCAGAGAGCUUCGUGGUUCUCUACCGGCCCAACCAAGACCAGAUCCUUACCAACCUAAGCAAGAGGAAGUGCUCCUCUCAAUCUGUGGGGGCUGCUGAGUCCGAGGCCUGAGAUCCAGGCCAGCUGCUGCCUCUAGUUCUUGGGUUUCCUUUCUUAUCCAAAUAAAUGUUUAACUGAGGAA